CACUGUCAGAACCGACGUACUUACUGUCUACCCUGGCAGAAGCCACGUUUGUAGGAGCUACCUUUUGUCGGCAGACUCUCACAAUUCGUUUUCGACCGAUGCCUCGGCUCAAGGCAGCAUCGCUGGCUGGCUCCCGAGCCGCCAGCAGCAGCGCCAUUCUCCUCGUGCUGCUGGCCUUGGCUCUGCUCAGCCUCCCCACCGCAACGAUCGGCGCGAAGCGCGGAACCGCCCUCCGCUCGCAGGGAGUGCAAGAAUCGGCGCGCUCCAUAGCGCGGACGAUCUGGAAGUCUGGGAGCACCCUUCUCCGCGGCGGCAGCUCCAGCUCCGGCCGAGGGACUCCGACUCCCGCUCGCAGCACAGGCGCUGGCAGCACCGCAGCAGCCGCAGCGGCUGGGAGCAGCUCUGGCUGCGCGUCAUCGUUGCUCGACGGAUUCAACUCGUCCGUCCCCAUGGGCUCGAGCCUUACCCUCCAUUGGCGCGCAGCCAGCUCAUCGCAGCUCGACUUCGCGCUCGAAGCGGCGGCCGGCAGCUUAGCCGCGGCCGGGUGGUUUUCAGUGGGGUGGUCGUCGACGGGCGGCAUGGCGGGGUCCGAUGCCGUGAUCGGCAGUGCGAGCGGGGGGUCCGUCCAGGCGUACUACAUGAGCGGCACGGGCCAGUCCGACGUUCAGCCCACAAGCAGCUUCGAUAUCGGCACCGCCGAGGUCGCCACAUCCGCCUCGGGAUCCACCACCAUCAAGUUCUCUCGCUCCUCAGGCGACGGCUCAGUGCCAGUGAACGUGCAGGGCCGCAACACGCUCGUGUGGGCGCACUCCAAUGACGGCUCGCCGUCGCUUGGAUUCCACGGCGACUAUGAUGCAGGAAACACCGGUGGUGAUUAUGGUGCUGACUAUGGGAGUGGUGCGGGUGGUGAUUAUGGCAGGGGAAUGGGAGGGGGUGGUGGUAAUGGAGGAGGCUCCAACGGGGGAGGCAUGGGCGGAGGGGGCAUGGGCGGAGGGGGCAUGGGCGGAGGGGGCACUGGCGGAGGAAGCAUGGGAGGAGCGGGCAUGGGCGGAGAGGGCACUGGCGGAGCAAGCAUGGGAGGAGGGGGAAUGGGCGGAGGGGGCAUGGGCGGAGGGGGAAUGGGAGGGGGGGGUGGUAAUGGAGGAGGCUCCAACGGAGGAAGCAUGGGCGGUGGUGGCGGUUCAGGGAGAGGCAUUGGCCGAGGGGGCAUGGGUGGAGGGGGCAUGGGCGGAGGGGGCAUGGGCGGAGGGGGCAUGGGCGGAGGAGGGAUGGGAGGGGGUGGUGGCAAUGGAGGUGGCUCCAAUGGGGGAGGGAUGGGCGGAGGGGGCGGAGGCAUGGGGGGAGGAGGCGGAAGCAUGGGGGGAAAAGGCGGAGGCGUGGGGGGAUUAGGCGGCGUGGGGAGUUUCCUUGGAGGCUUAUUCGGUGGCAAGAACUGAGUCUGCUGGAGGCUGCAGUGGCUGGGGCUGUUGUGGCUGGGGCCACUAAGGUCUGCUGGGUAUGCUAGAGAGUGUGGAGUGGAGUGGUGUGGAAAGGAGUGGUGUUCUGUGCUGUGGUGUGGUGUGCUGUGGUGUGGGGUGGCGUGGUGGCACAAGGGAUCACUCCAGUGUCUGGAAAUGGUUUAGCUUUGAUGCACCUCAAGCCAUGGAGCAUAGCGCCUUGUCCUGAGGUGCAUCAAAGCCAGAUCACUGCUUCAAUCUUUUGGUAGUGUCGUGGUUGGUUGAUCUUGCUUCUACCCU